UUUAAUGAGAUAGGUCGUUCCUAAAAGGCAACCUAGAAAAUUUUAUUAUUUGAACGCAUCUUCCAAGAUAGAGCAUCACUUGGACGACUCGAUUGACGCCGUGCUCAGCGUUUCCAUUCCAUUGUACCACAACAGACUUGCAUAAUGAGUAAAGAAUAUCAAUUAUUGUCGGAAGCCAUUCAGAAGAUUGGACGGGAUGAGUGGGAGGACAAACCAUUGCAUGUCAUCGAAAGGAGCAUUAAAGAUUUCGAUGACAAGUUAGGGAUCCUAAAGGAUAGAAUAGAUUCUCAACCCAAAGUGUAUGCGUCGAGUUUGUCAACCUGGCUUCGUGCAUUGAACCAAAUGAAGCAAACGUACGAUUUUCCAAGGCAUCCAAAGACUUAUCGCUGCAUAGAAAAGGCAGAAGGAAAAUUAGAAAGACGUGAACGUGAAAGAUCACCAGUGAAAUACCCUCAAAGUGAGCACCAAGAUGAAGAUAUGGAAACAGACAGCUAUGAAACACAACCUUCGAGGCGAACACAUGGACACAGUGGUCCAGAGACACGCUCUACCACAGGGGCGCACGGCUAUGAUCACCACAGCACGGGUGUUCACGGACACACCACACAAUUAACACAUGGAGGAAGAAACUUCUCUAACAGUGAUGUGCCCAUUGAAGAGAAAACAUUAUAUCAGAAAAGUGUCCAAAUGGCAAAUUAUGCGAAAGAUAAAGUAACGGGCGUUUUUAGUGGCCAGGGGACCGGGAACCCAGCAAACUCUGGCUACUAUGAAGAUGAACAUAUGAGAUACGCUGAUGCAGGUAACCCCUACAUCAGAGGACAGCAGCAAACCACUUUGCAGAUGCAUAGGUCUUUACAAGCGAGCAAACAGAUGGCAUAUGAUGUGUAUGCUAAUGUUGUAACGGCCAUAGAGGAGUUGGAGGCAAGGGAAAUCAAUGGGAAAACUACGGAGGCAAAAGAUAUCAGUGGAAAGUCUAAGAAAAAGAAAGUCCCUCGUUCAGGUGCACAUCUUCCUGAUCAAGGCUUUAAAGACUUUCGUGCGGUUAAAGAGGGUGUAAAGGCACAACUUAUUAUUUUUCAAACGCAUUUGAAAAACUGUCCACCCGGUGUUGUUGCUGAAAUACGAGACGAGCUGAAGGAGAGGACAAUGGGAUGGAUGGCUGUACGACAAGAGCAUAACCUUCCUGAAAGCGAGGCUGAUAAAAUGGCGGGAAAAUUGUUUGAGAUUCUUGCAACUGGGCAGACACCUCACUCGUAUUCAAAAUCACAACUUGAAAGGGGAACCAUGAGUGGUCGUGAGCUGAACGAAAACUUUGGAAAGAUUAUGGUUGGAAAUCACAAACGUGCUGAGCUAGACAGAAAUUUUAGAGAGGACCCCGACAGGAAAGCCGAGAUUCCUAACAUACGAUCCGGAAAUUACCCCCACUAUGGUGCCGAGCGGAUGUCUAACACCUACCCAAACGUCGCAAGUCAUCUAGGGCCUUACCACGCGUCUGAUUUGAGAUAAUCUGUAUGUGACAGAAACAGGCUUCGAACAGCUAGAAAAUGAUCUGCGUGUAAAACAAUUGGGACAUUUAAGAAUAAAUCAAAAAAAACUACAGAACAGAGGUUUCGCAAAGCGCUAUCCGUCAGUGCCGUAAAUGAUACGUAGAUUCAUACAUUGUAAGACGUUAGGCUAAAAUACGUUAUUCGAGACCAUUAGUUACUUAUCCUACACAAAUACAUUUUUGUUGUGAAGUUCGUUUUUUCAUAUUUGUACAUAAUGCUGCCGCAGUGACUAUUGUACGGGAAAACGUGAACGUAGAAUCUGUGUGAACUGGUGAAGCACAUCAAAUCUAUGGGCUGGAUGUAUAAUUCUAGCAUACACGUUUAGUAUUAAAGAAAGCUCCGCUGUAGCAUUUCUUAAGCAAACUUGACCAGAAACAUUUAUUCAGUUGUCUCUGAAUGUCAGAAAAUUAAUACUAAAUAAUUAAGGACCACGUAUUGUUUCGUGAACAAUUUGGAGUUUAUUUUUGACAA